AUGGAUGCAGACGAGCGAGCAUCGUUCCGACUCAAGCCGGGGCUCGGCGGGCAGAGCAAGAGCAUAUACCAACGCAUCAUCAAGAAGGUGUACGGACGGCAGCACGGACUCGAGGUGAUCGCUGCGCUCCACGACAACCCGUGCGUCGCUGUGCCUAUCGUGCUGGCGCGGCUGAAGCAGAAGGACGAGGAAUGGAAACGUGCGCAGCGCGAGUGGAACAAGGUGUGGCGCGAAGUCGAUGCGCGCAACUUUUACAAGGCACUGGACCACCAGGGCGUCAACUUUAAGAGCACCGACAAGAAGACCAUCACGACCAAGGCGCUCGUCAACGAGAUCGAGUCGCUGGUCGCUACACAGCAGCAGCGACGGCUUACGCUGGAUCCAAGUCUCCCGCGCCUUGCGCCACGAUACCAGCUGUCGUUUGCGAUGAACGAUCCGCAUGUCCUGGCCGAUGUCCUGCGCUUGGUGGCCCACUACUUGGACCGGCCCUCGGCACCGUUCCAGCCGCAUGAUCGCGCGCGUGUGCGCCAGGUGUUCAAAGCGAUGCUUUCACGCAUGUUGGGUAUGGAGCGGCGUUCGCUCCUGGCGCUCGUGACACCGAAGCGUGCUCGAUCACGGCGUGAGGGUGAUGGCGACGACGAUGGUGCCGGCGAUGCAGACGACGAUGGCGAUGCCGACAACAACGCACACGGCGACGACGAUGCCGACGGCGAUGGCGAUAGUGAUGGCAAUGGCAAUGGCAAUGGCGAGGGCAAUGGCAAUGGCGAUGGCGAUGGCGAUGGCGAUGGCGAUGGCGAUGGUGAUGGUGAUGGUGGCGACUCGCAUGGCGAUGCAGAUGCCCAUUCAGAAAGCGAAUUGCAUCGUGCUGCCGACACAGAGAACGCAUCGACAUCGUCGAUCAGCCAUGAAGGUGAAGCAGGCAAGACGCCAGUCGUCGAUACUUGGCUCGUCCAUGCACCGUCGACAGCAGCACGCGAGAUGCGCGUGUCGACUCAGCUUUUUGGCAACACGACGAUGUACGUAUUUAUGCGUCUGCUGUGCCUCCUGUACACACGUCUCGCGUCACUCAAGCAUGUGCAUAUCCAAGACCAGCGCAGUAUUUCGUCGUCAAAGGUGAACCCACUGGCGGCGAACCUGGGUCUUAUGGACACGGCGACGGGACCUGCCGGCCUCGUCAGCACAAUUGCUUCUCGACUGCCUGGCGCACGCCCAUUGCCGCAAGACACAGACACCUUGAGUGACGCGGACCGUGCGGUAUUGACAUUGCACCCGUCUCAGUACUAUGCCGUGCUGCUGGAGCUCGUCGUGCGGCAUUUGCGCAACGAACUGGACCAGAGCUCGUUUGAAGAGCCCGUGCGUUACAUGUACACCCGGGAGGGCUACGUGGUGUACACGAUCGACAAGGUGAUCCAGGCGCUCAUCAAGACGGCCCUGACGAUCAACACCGACGCCAAGUGCCAGGAGCUCUUGGACAAUUUCGCAUCGACGCACCGCGACUGUGCGGCGCUGUGGGCCGAUGCAGGCAUCGACGCUCGCGACGUCAAGUUGUAUCGACGGAUCAUUGCUUCGCGCAUGGCCGCCGAGCACACCAUCGGACGCGACGAACACCUGUUCCGCAUCGAAGCCGUGCCUCGGCCGCCACCACAUGUCGCCGAUAUGUCGUCCAUGAUGCCGUGUGAGCUGCAUAUCCAGCUCAUGUCGCACGACGACCAUACGCUCGACGAUCCACAUGACCAGGAACAGCGAUGGCUCCAGUACAUUGCAAGCUACUGCCUGUGGUCGCCGACAGAAGGCCUGCCGACCAAGAUUUGUGCACCUUUCCUACAUCGAAACCUUCCAGCUUCGCCAGACUCGCGCGCAGUGGCGGAUGCCGACGACUCGACGCGCUACAUCGUCAAGAACAACCUCGACAUCCGUGUGUGUAUGAAGACAUACCGGCUCUUUUUCGUGCAGGACACGGAAGAUGUCUUUGCCCGGAUCCGCGUCGCUGACAGAACGGCGGCUCCAUCCUCGGCAGACGAUGACAUGCCUGGCCGCCAGCAAGAAGAAGAGGCGCGUGCGAAAAUCACCGCCCAGCGCACGCAACGCUGGCAUGCUUGGCUCCACGCUCGUCUGGAGGCUAUGGACGAGACAAAGAGCACUCUGUCAACAACGACCGAUGCAGCAGCCGAGCCCUUGGCCACCGAGGCCGAUCGCAUGCCGCCCGCGGUGCCUCCGGCCUCGGCUUCCUCACCUUCGGCUGGUGCAGACGCUCCCGCUCCCGCUCCUGCUCCUGCUCCUGCUCCUGCUCCUGACGAGCAUGCGGAAGAGACGGGCGAUGUUUCGAUGGUGGACGCAUCUCCGUCACUGCCAGGCGAAGAACGGGACGAACGUGAUCGCCGUCGCGGCUUGGCUAUGGAACACAGUCGUGAUGCGUCUGGCCCGAGCCACACUGUCUCCACACAAGCCGAUGCUACUUCUGAGGCGCCCUCAGAGGCAUCGCAUGCACAUGUCUCUUCUGAGACGCCUGUCCAGCGCAGCAGCUCCUCAGAGACAGUGGCCCCGACCAGUGUCGAUGCGAAGACGUCCACAACAACAACAAUAACACCAACACCCACAGCGACAGCAGCAGCGUCAGAGCCAACAACAGAGCCAGCGUCGGAGCCAGCAGCGGUAGCAGCCACAAGCGCACCUGCUCAAGACACACGCAUGCAUGACAAGGCCGAGCCGGCGGCUGCGUCGUCACGUAUCGCGACAGACACAGAUUCCAAUACGCAAGAGUCAAGACCGGCGGCGCCAGGUCCGGAGACUGCGCCGUCUUCAUAG